ACUUCAAGACUGACUCUCUGCGCACAGCCGUCGCGACUACUAUACUUGCUGCGUUAAACGUGCAAAUUAAAAGUGAUAACGCGCUUUCCACAUUUAAGUUUUCCUCACACUCGAUAUAUCAAACAGAGACUGGCGACGUUCGGCCUCGCAGUAGCAGCGAAACUACUCCGGCUCCCGGCAACAGAAUUUUAACCGGAAUCUAUUACGUAAUGACCUAGAACGACGCGGAGCAUAUCGAAACCUUGAUAAAUAUCCAUUUUCAAAACUUGAUCGUACAUCAGAAGAGACACUGUAAUGCAUUUUCACUUCCACGAUGGUAUACAUAGUAUUGACGCACACUUAUUUUUGUCAUAAAAAAUUCUGCAGUUCAUUUUCUUUCUGAACGUGCUUUUUUAUUGGCGAGCACCGAAUCGAGCGUCGAAAAAAAGCGAACUCAUUAUACAGCAAGAAAGAGGGGGCCGGAAUGUGCCGUUUCAAAGUAACGGGGAGGCGAACUUGCGCUUCGAGUCCGCGAAAGAGGCCGCGGACUCUUGUCGGAGAAGGAGUCGAGUUGUGCGACGCGCGACGAACGUAUCGAAAGUCGUCAUCGGAGAGAUUCACGUGGAAAUCCAUGAAAAUUGCUCAUCCUCGGAUAUCAGCGAAUCGGGUCAUGUUAUGAGUUAAGUGUGCGCACGUGUGUGUGUGUGUGUAUGUGCGCGCGCGCGCGCGCACACACGAGAAUUGCGUGUACGAUUUAACGCGUGCGAGACGAGUUCGCGAUAAUCGCGAAGUGGUACGUACACACAGUGUGGUCUCGUUUGCCACCUUGACAUGCAUUCUUCCGACUGACUGGCAGUCAGGGCCGAAAGAUCGAACACGAACUCUGCUCUACCAGUUGACGUAAACUUGGUGGACAGCGGCAAUCUGAAAGUUAAUAUGACACACUUCGACGUCUUGAAAUGUCUAGGAACUGGAGGUAGAAAUAAACGAAACAAUAUAUCUUACGGUCACGUCUAUUUGGUACGAAAACGAUCUGGCAGUGAUAUGGGACGACUCUACGCUAUGAAAGUACUGAGGAAAGCUCACAUUGUUCUGAAGAAAAAAACCGAAGAACACACGAUGACAGAAAGGCAGAUUUUGGAGGCGAUCCGCGAUAUCCCCUUUCUGGUCACGUUGUAUUAUGCGUUCCAAAGCAACGCAAAUCUUUAUUUGAUUUUGGAAUAUGUGGCUGGCGGGGAACUUUUUCGUCAUCUAGGUCAACAUGAGAAGUUCUCGGAAAAUACAGUACGAAUUUACAUUGGCGAAAUCAUUUUGGCUCUGGAACGACUUCAUCAACUCGGAAUAAUAUAUAGAGACAUCAAACUGGAAAACAUACUGCUAGAUCGAGAAGGACACAUCGUAUUAACGGAUUUUGGAUUGAGCAAAGAAUUUCAACCUCACGAAUUGAAAGCAGGCAGGGCACGUACUUAUUCAUUUUGUGGAACUAUUGAAUAUAUGGCACCGGAAGUAGUUGAAAGUGCACCAAACGGUUACGACAUGGCCGUAGAUUGGUGGAGUGUAGGAGUAUUAACGUAUGAAUUGCUGACUGGUGCGUCGCCAUUUACGCUGGAAGGUGACAAGAAUCAACAGCAGGACGUCUCAAGGAGGAUAUUGAAGAGCGAUCCGCCACCGAUGCCGAAUGACUUUAGUCCACAAGUGACCAAUUUUAUAUCCCGUCUGCUAGUCAAAGAUCCUCGUCGUAGACUCGGUGGUGGACCGCGUGAUGCGAAAGAACUCAAGGAACAUCCAUUCUUCACGGACGCGGCACCGGCCUUUACAUGGGAAGCUCUAGAAAGAAAGCAAAUUGAACCACCUUUUGUGCCCCAAAUUAGACACGAAUUAGAUACCUCUAAUUUUUCAGAAGAAUUCACCAGGAUGAACGUUGAACAUCUGGCUACUACUGAAAAUAACAGACCACAAAUCAAAUACUUUAGGGAUUAUUCUUACGUAGCACCUUCAGUAAUAUUCACCGACAACACUGUGAGCAGGAACAUCUUCGGUGACGAAUCUCGGCCUUCGUUAUCCAACAUACAUCUCCACAACGACUUGAAAGAUUCGACAUUCUUCCAAACUUAUGAAAUAGUUCGAGACGUACCGUCUUUGGGUCAAGGUAGUUAUUCUAUUUGCGUUCGGUGUCAGCAUCGCGUAACGAAACAAGAAUAUGCUGUGAAAAUUGUUAGCCGACGAAUAGAUUGUUCUCGCGAAGAAAACCUGCUUCGCAUUUGCCAUCGUCAUGCAAAUGUUGUGAAAUUGAUAGAUGUUCAUCGUGAUCAUCUUCACACGUAUCUCGUGAUGGAGUUGCUUUCCGGCGGUGAAUUGUUACAACGAUCGUUACCUUUCACAGAACGACAGGCUAAGCGGAUUAUGCGACAACUAGCAUCGGCUGUUAGAUUUAUGCAUUCACACGGCGUGGUGCAUCGCGACCUCAAACCGGAAAAUAUUGUAUUCUCUAAUCAGAAUGAAGAUUUUCCGGUAAAGAUAGUAGAUUUCGGUUUUGCGCGCAAGAAGACCAGUCGUGAGCCAUUAAACACGCCUUGUUUCACGCUUCCAUAUGCCGCUCCAGAAGUAAUAGCUCGACAGGAUUAUGACGAGAGCUGUGAUAUGUGGUCCCUGGGCGUUAUCUUGUACUAUAUGUUGUCCGGCAAUCCGCCCUCGUCCGAUAUGGCGACGCGCAUCAGAGAAAUCGAUUUCGACAGUAAUAUAUGGAGUCACAUUUCCGACGCGGCGAAACAGGUAGUGAAAGGUCUAUUGACGAUCGACCGUAACGAAAGACUUACCGCGGCUGCUUUCGUAUCUCACUCGUGGUUGCUGAAGGACACGUCACAUUUUCCGGUUACUCCUCUUCCCGAUGUAAUCGCAGAUGUGCACGCAGCACCGUCAAACUCAUCAACGACGGAACACACAAGCGAUGGUUUCCGAUUGCGUGCGGUUGGAGCAGCCAAGCUAGCUCAACGUCGUAAGAAUAAACGUUCCACUUCACACUCCAGCUCCUCAACAUCGAGACCGUCUUCAUCUUCGUCGUCGAGUCCGAUGACAAUUCAACCGCGACCGCCAAGUAACGCGGCAACUUCCACUUCGAGCGUUUUUGACUUUAACGAGGAAAAAGUCAACGAAUAUCUGAGUUCGUUAUCAUCAUCAUCAGAUUCUAAUUCCCCAAGACUGUCGCAACCACCAGAGAGUCUUGUAGCUAAGCGCGACCUCGCAUCGUCGAAAACCUCGAUCUCGCAACGUGGCAGCAGCAGCAGCAGUAGUAACGGACCCAUGACAAGAUCGCGAAAACGUAAACUCGAAAUGGUGACAAAUUCAAGCAGAAACGUCGGUUCCAAUAGCUCCGUAGAAUCGGUUGAACAUGUGGAACCGCACGCAAAACGUAAGACAAAGCGGUCCAAACGCGCGUCCACGAUUGUAGUCGAGUAGUUUUUCCUAUUCGAUUAAUAAUUAAUCGUAAUGACGUUUCUAACAAACUUCCUAUGCAUUUUGCAUAUAUAGCUGCCUUCGGCGUUCAUUCGAAACGCAAACGUCGCAUCAUUCCUAUCUCAAAAUAGUUUAUAGAAUAUUAGACAUAUAGUUAUUUAAAAAAUAAAUUAAUUAAGUAUGCUCUAUCGCAUCUUAUCCAGAAAAGAAAAAAAAACAUAGGUCCAUGUAUAUAAAUGAUUGAUCGCGAAAAAUCGAGUUUAACUGCUGAUUCAAGUAUUUGAUAUAUAUAGACAAGUGUGAAAAUGAACUUGUACGAAACAACAAUCUUCGACGCGAUCUUCGACGAUACGAGGUUGACAUUCGUGGUCGUCAGGGUUUCCAUAAAAAAGAGUUUCUUCGUAAGAAACAUAUAUAACAUGUGUGUUGUACAGAAUUUUAUUUUUAUUAUCGCUAUAGUAAGUGUGAAAUCGGGGCGAAUGCAAGUGAAAGCGGUAAAUCAAGAAUUUUAAGUCUCAUUGCGUCGUAACCGAGGUUGUCUGUGAUGAUGCAAAAUCGACACAUGGCGUUAUAAUUUUACUUUAACGUAUCUCACGUUCCUGUCGAAAUUUUCUUCGGUCGUUCGUUUUGCAAUGAUCGAUUAUAAAUGAAGAUGAUAAUAUGUAUGACGCGAUAUAUAUAUAUAUAUUAUACAUCAUGUCGAUACGAAGAAAAUCUUAGGGAAUGUUUAUAUGAGAGAUGUUUACAAACAUUAAGGAACGUAAGGUUAGGUUUUUUGGGUUGAUAAAAAAUGAGAAAAAAAUACGUGAUGAUGCUGACUAUCCCUGGCGCAGACAAGUGAAAACUUAAUUAAAUACAAAUACGUCUGUUGGUUGAUCAGUCUGAUGUUUUUUUUCUCACUAUCUAGUAAAGAAGUCGCGCAAAAAUUUUUCCAUUUGGUUUCUUCACAAAUUUGUAAGCAUCUCGUAAAGAAAAAAAAACGAAUAUAUAUGUAGUGAACGUGCCUGAAAAAAAAAAAAAAAAACUCAUCGACGAGUACUAUGAAUACAUCAAAGACAGUUACGUGGUAAACGCGUAGACGUAUAAUUCUUUGAAAAUAACAGAGACAACUGUUAUUACCAGUAAUACCUCAGCAAUGGCAGAAAGAACGAAAGCAUAAGCAACAAAGAAUAUGAUUUGUUAAAAAACAAAAAACAAAAAAAAAAAAAAGAAAAAGGAUACCAAUAUAUUAAGGGCUUUUCUCUACUAGUGUUAUAAUAACGUUAUUACGAAUGAUGACACGAUGUUUAUACGAUUUUUAAGAAAGUUUGUUUAUAAUCAUACGUUAAAUGCUGAUUUAUUAAUUUUUACAAAUGACUAUAUAAAAUGAAAUGACAAUGUGAUUUAACUAGGUAAUAAGUGAGAUCGAAACAAAAGAUUCAGUAUUUAACGUUUUUUAAGAAUCUUGUCUCGCAACUCGAAUAUAAUUGCGUAGUAUUUGAAAUGUAAUAUAUGAUGACACAAGAGAGAAUAAUAAGACGUGAGUGAAUCGGUAGUGAAUUAUAAGGCAUCUUAUCGCAGAUGCUAUAUGCGAGAGAGAAAGUGAAUUAAGUUCUUUUUAAAUUAAAUCAUGGCGACUUGUUUCGAUCUAUAUAAAUAUUGUUCGUGGCCGAUCAACACAUUGUCUACCAAAGCUAUAUAUUUUGACGUAUUAAAGAUAUACAUAAAUGUGUAUCGCUCAUAAAUGAGAGACAUGGUGACGAAUGUGUGUUAAUAAUUGUAAUUUGUUUUAUUUUAUACGUGUACAGAAUACGUUACGAUUUUUUGUCCUGUAAAAAGAUUUUAUCUUAUUUUCUGUUUACAUAUUACAUGUUGUGUAUUUAAUGUGUUGACACAAGAGAGAUUUAUAAUAUAAAAUGCGCAAAUGUGAGGAAAAAAAAGGAAUAGGAUUUUUUUUUGUUUUUAAUCGCGUUGUUUUUCACGGUCAUACACAAAAACCGAAAGAGAAGAUCUAUGUUCUUUGCCUUUGUGUAAUAAUAUUAUUUCGAUGUUUAUCGUUUCUAUUACUUGCUUCAUUAUUGACGUUGCUGCAAUAUUUUGCUAUUUAGUGAGACAAAUUAUCGGUAUAUAUUGGAUGUGUGGUAAUCAUUUGUGAGAGAGAUGAAGCAAAAUGGCAAAGACUGAAAUGUGGUUGUACACCAACUCAGGGAACAGACACGCGUCACUUGAGUAAUAUGUCUUAUGUUAUCUAGUAUGAGAUAUAGUGUUAUAUACGUGAAAAAAACACAAGAAUGGAUUUAUGCGUCUACCAAAGAGUUUACUGAGACACAUUUGUUGCUCAGUAAGACCAAAAACAACAAAAAAAAAAAAAAAAGAAAAAAACAAAAA